UAACUCCCGUGAACUCAGGGUCGAGACGUUUUGUGGAAAAUCUAGUUCCGUCUCCUGCGGUUUUGUGGGGUGAGUUGGUGCGCGUUCUCCUGUGCUCCCGGCUACGAAACGGCUGCUGAGACACAUGCAGAAAGGAAACAACGUUGCCAUCAUGGGGUGCGGCACCUCAAUAACCACUGAGAACCAAGGAAGGCCUACAGAAUUCGAUAUGUCUGCCAAGCAGUGCAGCCCAGCCCUGACGAUGAAGGCAGCCAUUCUGAUCCAGCGAUGGUACAGACGUUACAUUGCCCGGCUGGAGAUGAGGAGACGCUAUACAUGGAACAUAUUUCAGUCUAUAGAGUACGCAGGGGAACAGGACCAGCUGCAGCUUUCCAGUUUCUUCAGUUUUAUGUUGGAUAACUUCAGUCAGCUGAAUGGGAAAGAACCAGAUCUGAUCAGUCAUCUGCUGGACCCGGCUGUGGACACGGCCGUGGACCCGGUGGUGGAGGAUCAGAGGCAGUGCAGGUAUGAGCAUAUCUUAGUGCCCGAGUCUUACAGCGGCCCACACCUCUCCUUCCCUCUGAGUGUCACCGACACCAACGCCCUUCUCGGCGCCUUCAAGGAGCAACAGACUCUCCAUGCCAAAUAUGUACUACAGCUACUCGACAAGACACAGAAGUUCUUAAAACAGAUGCCGAAUGUCAUUUAUGUGUCGUCUUCCUACGCCAAAGAGAUCACAAUCUGUGGUGACCUGCAUGGAAGACUGGAUGAUUUACUGCUUAUAUUUUAUAAGAAUGGUCUCCCAUCUGCUGAGAAUCCUUACAUAUUCAACGGAGACUUUGUGGACAGGGGGAAGAAAUCCAUCGAGAUCAUCAUCAUCUUGUUUGCUUUCCUGCUCCUGUACCCAGACCACAUGCAUCUUAACCGAGGCAACCAUGAGGACCACAUCAUGAACCUGAGAUAUGGCUUUACAAAAGAGGUUAUGCAAAAAUAUAAAACUCAUGGCAGAGAGAUUCUCCAGCUGCUGCAGGAUGUGUUCAGUUUGCUCCCCAUCGCCACCGUCAUAGAUAACAAAGUCCUCGUUGUUCACGGUGGCCUUUCCGACCACACUGACCUGGACUUCCUGAACACUGUAAAAAGACACAAGGUGAAGUCGGCACUACGCUUGCCCAAGUGCAGCGUGGACCGCAAGGACGUGCGCACCAGCAGCACCAGACAGAGAGGCGGGGCCAGACUGCACAGCCCUCAUUCAACCGGCCACGUCCCUCACAGGAGGAAGGGCCACCACACCCGCCCGAGCAGCAGCUCCUCUUCCUCCUCUUCCUCCUCGUCGACGCCAUCAGUGUGUUCGCCGCACCAUCGCCCGCCCUCACCAGGGACACCAUGCCCCACCUCCAUGCUGCAGGUUCCCUUCCUGGACUCCAUUGUCUCCCUCGCCCCGCCUCAGCCUCCCAGGGACGAACUGGAGUGGAAACAGGUCGUGGACGUGUUGUGGAGUGACCCAAAGACCCAGAACGGCUGCAGUCCGAACUCGUUCCGGGGUGGAGGCUGCUACUUCGGGCCAGACGUGACCGAGCAGCUACUAAGAAAACAUGGCCUGUGUCUGCUGAUCCGGUCCCACGAGUGUAAACAGGACGGCUAUGAGCUCUGUCAUAACGGACAGGUGAUCACAAUUUUCUCUGCCUCUAACUACUACGAGGAGGGCAGUAAUCGCGGCGCCUAUGUCAAGCUGGGCCCCGAGCUCGUCCCACACUUCUUCCAGUACCAGGUCAGCCGCUGUACCAGGAAGCUGACACUGCAGCAGAGGGUGAGUGUAGCAGAAAGCUCAGCUCUGAAGGCCCUGCAGGAGAAGCUGUUUGCCCAUCGCUCUGAGCUCAUGACUGCCUUUCAGCAGCAUGACGUCAACAACACAGGAAAGAUUUCCACUGCAGAGUGGACCCAGGUGGUAGAUUCUGUCCUGAGGUUAGACCUUCCCUGGCGAACACUGCGGCCACGCCUCGUGCAGCUGGCUCCUGACGGAGACGUGGAGUACGAGUCGUGCUUUGACAGCAUCAGCCUUGGACAACCUAUCCCUAAGGUGGCUCCGAACUUGGCAGAAACUCUGUGUCGGUAUCGGACCGACCUUGAGAUCAUCUUCAAUAUCAUAGACAAAGAUCAUUCAGGUCAGAUCUCCAUCGAGGAAUUCCGCCAGACCUGGAAACUCUUCAGCUCCCACCUCAACAUGGACGUGGACGACAAGGCAAUAGAUGACAUGGCGCGCAGCAUCGACUUCAACAAGGACGGCAGCAUUGACUUCAAUGAGUUCUUGGAGGCCUUCCGAGUUGUGCACAAGCUGGACAUCAAAGAGCAGCAGCAUGGCUGAGACACACAUACACACACACCCCUUCCUCCACACACAAAUGUACUAACCCAUGCCAAGGACAAAACAACUAGUGAUUUGUUUUGAUUCAUUAAGAGAAUAUGUGAUUGUCUGUGCAUGACUAGCAAAAUUUGAAGUGAUUUUUUUUAAAUCCACAUGAAUCGUAUUUGCAUUUGCCUCAGGUGCUCAAAGAUGGAGUGAGCUGCUCUGUUUAGUUGUUUUCUUUUUUUAAUUUUUUUUAUUUUAUUUAAUCUUUUUUUUGUUGUGUUCAUUCCUCUUUGAGUGACACUCCUCUCUGCUCAUAAAUGUGUAGUAGGUGAGUAAUAUUUAGUUGCCUAGAUUCAGGAAGUGAAUAGUCCAUAGCUCUGCAGAGGACUGCUAUUAUACAUUUGGUUCAGUUUAAUAAAUGCUUGAAAAUUAACUGAGCUGAAUUAAAUGGGAGCAUGUGGAAGACACGAGCCAUCAUUCCGCCCAGGGCUGGAGUUUGAAUCUGCCUGGUCAAGUUCACUAUAUAAAUUUGAACAAAUGUUAGCACAUGUACAACCUUGGUGUUUUAGAUGGGUGAUGGAGCAGGUAGAAUGUAGUUAAAAAUGGUAUUCCAGGUUCUGUUUUACCAGCGUAAAGGUGAACAGGUGAAUAGGUGUGCCUUUCUGGACUGGCAUGCUACAUCACACUUGGGAAACAUUUUCUAUACAUCUUUUCUUACAACGGCUGUGUGAGAUGUCUGUAAUUAUGGGGUGAGCGUGUGCUGCCACAGCUUGUACUGGUAUUUUAAAUGUGUGUAAGCAGGUGUAGUUGAGGCCAAAUGUUUACAUGCACUAAGCUUUUCAAGGUUGUAAAUAUUGUAUAUAUCUGUUUUUAUACAAUACCAGUCAUUUGGGAUUUAGUCAACGUGGCAUUUGUCAAUAUGUAUGGUUGGCAUGACAGUUAGGGUAGAACGCCAUCAUCUGCUCUGUUGUUGGUAGGUUUGUCAGUGUUUGGAUGGUUUGGCCUGGGCUACUCCUAAAGUCUUUUUACCCUUUCUUUGCAUCAGCUGUGUAUUUGAUGAGCACGAUACACUUCGUAUUUUGUCUCUGGCUCUUUUGAUAUUGUAUAUCUCUGUCAUGAGAUAUAUUUUUAUAUGUUUUGCCUCUUCAAAACCCCUGCAUCACGUUUACACAUUUACACUUUAUUCAGCUAACCAUUUUAUUACAACGUCCUCUCUCAGACAAGGUUGUAACAGAUUUGGGGGCUUUCAUUUGUGCUGCAACCCAGGUAGAACUUUCUGGCUUAUAUGUUCAGUUCUUUCUUCUGUAUUUUUAGAUAAUCCUCCUCCAUUAUACCAUCUAUUUUUAGAAGUACACCGGUCUUGCUUCCUGUGAAAUGCUUCCACAUGAUGCUUCACAGCUGGGGUGGUGGUCAUUGGAUUAAAAGUCUCACACUUCAUACAUGGUGCUGCCGAACUGUUCAGUUUUUGUUUUUAAUCUGACCAGAGAUUUCUCCAAAAGGCUAGGUCUACAUAGUGAUUUUUGCAUGCAAUUGUUCUUACAGAUGCUGGUGGUAUCUUCAAGUGUUUGGAAAUAAGUAGGAACCAGACUUGUGCAGGUCCACAAUUUCUCUCUGAGGAUUUAGCUGAAGCACAUUGGCUUUUCCCAUGAUCUACAGGGCAAAUAGGCACUUGUUCUAAUGGUAGACCCUUAAACACAGUCACAGGUGCACUCCCAGUUAACUCUGUUAUGACAUUUGGCCAAUCAGAAACUUCUGAAUGUCAUUACAUCAAUUUCUUGAAAUCGUUCAGACUGUUUCAAAAGAUUGUCAGCUUGGUAUAUGUAAACCUUUGACCCACUGGAAAUAUAAUGGUGUAUUAAAAUGUAUAAUCAAAAUGACCUUUGAUAUAAAUAAAUUAGGUUCUCUAAUUCCCUUGCCAAGAGACAAGUAUGGUAUCUUGGAAUGUGGAAUUUGUGUAUGCGUGAAUGUGUAUCUUGGGGUUUUAGUUAUGGUAUUUAACUUCUCCUGCCCUGCUUACCUACAACCAGCAAUGGAAAUGGGUGCAGGCAAAGGUUAAUGCUUGUAAAACGUAAUACGUUUAUCUGUAAGUUAUAAUUCUGUUGCAUAGCCCAGCAUUAGUCAAAAAAAUAUGUAUAACCAAAUUAAAAGUUCCUUAAUGCUGAA